AUGACCAAAGAAGAAGAAGACGCUCACAAGUACGAUGUGGACCUACAGCCACUCGCAGAAGACAAAAGACUCAUUGUGUUUGGCGACGACUAUACUUCCGACCAGCCAAUGGCACUCCAUCUCAAAACCAAGUGGAGCUGGAGCGGGGACACCAUGUCGGUCAAGGAUCAGCUCGGGGAAACUUGGUUUUCGGUCAGGGGAGACGCCUGGUCACUGAGCGAUACCAAAGUGGUCUAUGGCAAGGACAACAAGCCACUCUUUGUGAUUGCCGACAAGACAUGGUGGAAUAUUUUGGACGAUGCCCAGGCAGUCUUUGAUUGCCGUGGAAUGGAAGAUCUCAAGGAGGCAAGAAAUGUCAAAAAGGACAAGACCAAGUUUAUGUUUAGCGUUGCCUCCAACUUGGGAAAUACCAAGCAAACGACCACAGUCAAGAAUAGUGGUGUCAAGGGCGAAAUGGACGAAAUGGUCGAUAUUGUUGGAAAAUGUACCUUUUUCGAACAAAAGUGUGCCAUGUGGCGCGAUGGGGAUUACAAAAGUAGAGGGACUCCCAUUGCCAAAUUCAUGAGCCCAGUGGAAAUGCAAAACUUUUUUGGUUUCAAGUCGGCGAGUGGUUCUGGGACCCAGGAUUUCUACUUGACGGUCGCUCCUGGUGCUGAUAUUGCCUUUUGUUUGGCGUUUGUCAUUGCGAUUCGUGAAAUGAAUGAAUCUUAUACAUAG